UAAACAAAAGACCUGUAUUGUAAUCAAUGUAUUUUUACAUUUGUCUCAUUUAGCAUUUGUCCAGAGACGAUCCGAAUUUGUAAACUCAAAUACAGAUAUUUUACGGAUUAUUUUACGUAUGGACUAACUAAAGAUUUCUUAACUACAGAACAAAAGGAAGUUUGUUUUAAAAAAGAAGGAAUAUUCACAGUGAUGUUAAACCAAAUCAAGAGAAACCCAUACUUUGCUUCAGUUUGUAUGUGUUUAGUGCUGCUGGUAGUUUAUAUGUUUAUGACAAGUGAAUCUCCGGGUGAAUACACAGUGCUCAAUGAUGGGCGUGUCAUCAAAAUUGAUCGGGACGCAUUUGAACCGGAAGUUAUAGAAGAUAUUAAGACGGUUGAUUCAAAAUAUCCCAGAAUUCCUCACAUCAUUCAUUUUGUUUAUAUCUCAGGAGGGAAGGAAAGCAAGGGAGUUCCUUCAAAAUAUGAGAAAAAUAUCAGGUCAUUUUUACGUUUUCAUCCAAACUGGACGUACUAUUUUUGGUCGGAUGAGACAGCGCGAGCACUGAUUCUUGAACGUCACCCAGACCUUAUUUCAUUGUACGAUAGUUACUCUAGACCAAUUGUAAAGGCAGAUGCUCUUCGAUAUGUUUUAAUGUAUGAGUUUGGAGGUGUCUAUGCAGAUCUUGACUUAGAAUGCCUGCGACCUCUUGAUCGUGCUACUAUGAAAUAUGCUUGUAUACUAUCGCCCGAACCUUUCGUGCACAGUGCUGUAUGGUAUGGUCAAAAUUACUUCUUAACUAAUGCAAUUUUACUGUGUAGAAAGAAACAUCCAUUCUAUCUCCAACUUAUCAAAGAAUUACCAAACUAUGCACACUUCAGUGGUUCUUUACAAUCGGCAGGGACUGUUUUCUUUACAAAUAUAUUUGAAAAAUUCAGUAAAAUUCCUUCGCAUGGUGACUUCAUUUUUAAAUUUGACAUAGAUGACGACACACCAUAUUUUUACCAAGCUAAACUAGAGUCGGCAGAAACAGAGAACGCUACUUAUGUUGUAAAUUCACAGUAUUUCAUGGACUCAAUUGAUACAGGAACUCUUGCAUAUCUUAAGUUCACGACAAUGUGUGUGUUAUAUAGUUUCUGGAAUGACUUAGUAAGGCGCGGAUGUAAACUUUGGAAGAAGAAAAAGGCUAACGCAGUACAAAGUCCUCAUGCAUAUAUUAAUCAUAUGUGGGUACAUAGUGCUAGCAAGUGGUUUUUCAAGUCAAAAAAGAAAAUGGUGCCGAUACAUUCAAUAAUUCCACAUGUAGAACAAUUUACAAGUAUCAGCUGAGAUGUGUGGGUUUAUGAGAUUACUUAUUUUAUCAUUAUUAAAUAAACAUGAUUCGGGCAUACACGGAAAGUAAAUAAACUCGAAAGGCCAAUCGGAUUUGAUCAAGCUAAAGCAAAAGAAUACGACUUGAAAAGUCCUUGGAAUGGGAAGAUAGAGAGAACUAGUUCGUUAAAUCGCAAAUGACAAAUUUUCGGAAUUGAAUUCAUAACUAAAGGUUUCGGUGUUCAAGAAACCGAAGCUGUGCUUGCUAAACGAAAGGAGACGUACUCGAUUAUAGAUCGCUAAAAGAAAAUAAUGGCAAAUUCUUUAGUUGGGCCCGACCAAAACUUUAAUCAGUGAUCGUGCCGAAGGACCGUUCCAUGAGGUUACAAGCUAUGAAGAGCAAGAGAAACUACGAAUUGGAUAAGUAAUAGAACUUGUUUAAUUUGGAAAUAAACGGUUAUAAAAGUUUUUAAUCUUACGGAAAUGAUUCUGAUGAAAGUGCUAUUUGUUCUCCUUAUCAGAGAAAUAAGUACACUAAUAAAUCUGGUCACAAGAUAGUAUUUGAAUAUUUGGCGCUUACUGUUGGCAGAAAGAUAAAACAGAAUUCGGAUCAUCCCGAGUGUUUGACAGCUUGUCCAUAUGCAAGGCAAUGCCUUUUUUCGUGCAACAGGAUUUUCAAGAAUGAGGAGAUUGAUACUAAGUAGGAAGCUUUGUUUGAACCCGAAUUUUGUUUUAAAAAAUCAGACAUUAAUAUGAAUAACAAUAUUCAGUUUUGUUCUGGUUAAUGUCAAUUAUAAAGUUUUGUCAAGAAUACUUCAUGAGUUAGUGAAAAAAAUUAGGAAAUUAUAAUUUUGACGUUUAUUUAAUACAAAUAUCACGCCGAUAAAACAGGUUUAUCCUUGGCAAAUACUUCAAAACGUUUGUACAAAAAAAACAACAAACACUAUUAAAUAUA